GAUAUUUCAGAUUCGUCUGAUGUAAAACAGUCGCUAAAGCUUGGCAUUCUUCCUCUAGUUCUUUAAACCUCUGAAAAACCCUACUCCAUUUUUUUGGCAUUCUGAAAGUAAUUAACACCCUCCAUGGCUUCCCCUACCGAGACUUCAGAAUCUUUCAAACCCUACGAGCUUAAAUUCACUCUCUCCGGCCACAAACGCGCUAUCUCCAGCGUCAAAUUCUCCGACGAUGGCAAAAUCCUAGCCACUUCCUCCGCCGAUAAAACUGCCCGAACAUGGGAUGUCUCCGACGGAUCCCUUCUUCACGAAUUCCUAGGUCACGAACAGGGUAUCUCCGAUGUUGCCUUCUCCUCCGACGGCCGUCACCUAGUUACUGCCUCCGAUGACAAAACUGUACGAUUAUGGGACGUUUCCACCGGUUCCCAUAUCAAAACCCUUACAGGUCACACAAAUUAUGUUUUUUGUGUUAACUUCAAUCCCCAAGCUAAUAUGUUGGUUUCUGGGUCGUUCGAUGAGACGGUUAGGUUAUGGGAUGUGAAGACUGGGAAGUGUCUCAAGGUGCUGCCGGCGCAUUCCGAUCCUGUGACGGCUGUGAAUUUUAAUCGGGAUGGUUCGUUGAUUGUGUCAAGCAGCUAUGAUGGGUUGUGCAGAAUUUGGGAUGCUUCAACCGGGCAUUGUAUGAAGACCAUUAUUGAUGAUGAAAACCCACCUGUGAGCUUCGUCAAGUUCUCGCCCAAUGGCAAAUUUAUACUCGUUGGCACUUUGGAUAAUUCUCUGAGGCUUUGGAACUUCUCGACAGGAAAAGUUCUGAAAACUUACACGGACCAUGUCAACUCAAAGUACUGCAUUUCAUCAACAUUUUCCAUAACAAAUGGGAAGUAUAUCGUUAGUGGUUCUGAGGAUAAUUGUGUAUAUUUAUGGGAACUCCAAUCAAGGAAGAUAGUUCAAAAAUUGGAAGGCCAUACUGAUACUGUGAUUUCUGUAUCAUGCAACCCCACUCAGAACAUGAUUGCUUCUGGUUCUCUUGGGAAUGACAAGACUGUGAAGGUAUGGACUCAGGGGGGAGACUAAGUAUUCUUUUAUUUAUUCCAAAACAUUUGUGCAGUUCAAUUAGGUGAUGUAGCAGAAUUGCUGCAUCUUUUCGGCUGUAUCUUGUAGAUUAUGACAGUUGUCAUUUUGAGGUUCUUUCAGCUUUUGUCUUAGUUAUUG